ACUGCCUUCUUGUGCUUGCUUUUCACGGCUGCGCCGGGAAGAUGAGGAGCAGCAAGGCCUCGUGCGCCCUGGAGACCGUCUGGGAGGACAGGCACAAGUAUGAGGAGGCAGAGAGGCGCUUCUACGAGCAGGCUGCCGCGCAAGCUGCCGCCUCCCCCCAGCAGCUCCUGGCCGUGGGCACCAUGAAUGGGCCUGGCCAGGAGACCGGGGACACGGAGGUGGGGGAGGCGUCCGACAUCAACAGCAGGGCUGACCCCAGGAGGACCCGAGCCACGAAGAGGCCGCUGCAGAAGAAGAGGAAACGCUCCCCGCGGAGCUGGCUGGGCCCAGCCGACCUGGCUUUAGUGGGCCUCUCUGCCGACCAUGUGUGGCUGGACAAGCCACUUUUCGACCGGGCGGAGAGCGCCUACUGCCAGAGGCUGGCCGAUGUGGCUGCCCCAACUGGCCGGCCACUGGCCCUUGCCCCUCGGGGCCCCUGCAUCCAUGGCAGCCAAGUGGCCUGCCACCAUGUGACCUGGGGCAUCUGGGUCAACAAGUCCUCCUUUGACCAGGCUGAGCGAGUGUUUGUGGAGUGGUCUCAGGCCCUGCUGCUGGUCACAGAAGGGCGCAGUGGACAGGGCGCCCCCGACACGGGCCAGAGGCCAGCUGCCCCUGUCCUGCCCCUGGCCCGCCAGCCUAGCCCACCAGUCAACGGCCAGCCACCCCUGGGCAGCCUGCAGGCGCUGAUGCGGGAGGUGUGGCUGGAGAAACCUCGCUACGAUGCAGCUGAGCGGGGCUUCUAUGAGGCCCUGUUUGAUGGCCACCCCCCCGGAAAAGUACGGCUGCAAGAGCGAGCUGGGCAGAGCGAGGUCGCCCGGCGAGGCCGCAGGGACCGACGGGGCCGCCACACUGUGGGGACCAAGCGGGUGGGGCCUCGGCGGGCUGAUGGGGAGGCCCCUCCUGCCCUACCCUACUGGUACUUCCUGCACAGAGACUCGGAGGUCUCCUGGCUUAGCAAGCCCACCUACGACAGGGCCGAGUGUCGCCACCAUGCCGCCCAGGCCCUGCGCGUGGCCUGGCGCCUCGAGGCCACCCCUUUGGCCCACUGGCCCACUCCCCGAUCCAGCCCAUCCGUGUCCAGCCUGAGACCCAAGAAGAUGGCCACAAACUUCCUCAUGCAUGAGAAGAUAUGGUUCGAUAAGUUCAAGUACGAUGAUGCUGAGCGGAAAUUCUACGAGCAGAUGAAUGGACCCAUGACGGGCUGCUCCCGCCAGGAGAACGGCGCCAGCGUGAUCCUCCGGGACAUUGCGCGAGCCAGAGAGAACAUCCAGAAAUCCCUGGCCGGAAGUUCUGGGGCACCCAGUGGGCCUGGUGGGGACCACAGCCAGCUUGUCGUACGCAUCGCCAGCCUAGAGGUGGAGAACGAGAGCCUGCGCAGUGUGGUGCGGGACCUGCAGCAGGCUCUCUCCAAGCUGGAGGCGAGGCUGAGUUCACUGGAGAGAAGCUCGCCCGGCCACCGCGCCACCGCCCCACAGACCCAGCACGUAUCUCCCAUGCGCCAAGUGGAACCCCCAGCCAAGAAGGCGGCCACACCUGCGGAGGACGAUGAAGACAACGACAUUGACCUGUUUGGCAGUGACGAGGAGGAGGAGGACAAGGAGACGGCCCGCCUUCGGGAGGAACGACUUCGACAGUAUGCCGAGAAGAAGGCCAAGAAGCCCACACUGGUGGCCAAGUCCUCCAUUCUGCUGGAUGUCAAGCCUUGGGAUGAUGAGACAGACAUGGCUCAGCUGGAGGCCUGCGUGCGCUCCGUCCACCUGGACGGCCUGACCUGGGGAGCCUCCAAGCUGGUGCCGGUGGGUUAUGGCAUCCGCAAGCUGCAGAUCCAGUGUGUGGUGGAGGACGACAAGGUGGGCACCGACCUCCUGGAGGAGGAGAUCACCAAGUUUGAGGAGCACGUGCAGAGCGUGGACAUUGCCGCUUUCAACAAGAUCUGA